AUGAAACAUAUUGAUCAACUUAAAGAAUAUUAUGGAUAAUAAUAAUUGAUAUUUGAAAAAGAUCUAGAUUAGAUGAGAAAUCAUCUUACAAAAGUUGAUAAUGUUAGAUUAAAGGCAGAGAAAGAAUUAUUAUAUUUACAAUCUAAAGCAAAAGAAUAAAAAGUUUGGGACAUAAUAGAUCAAACUCCAUUUUUACCUGUUAUUGAAGGAGAUAGAAUAUUUAAAACUACUAAAUUUGUUAACUCUAAUUUAACAGAAUCUGAAAAAAGAUAAUUAUUGUUACAAGAAUAUUAUAGAAAUGACAAAGCAAGAAAUGCUAUCAAAUAAUUAUAUAAUACUAAUAAUUAAUAUGAAGAUGAUAAUUAAGUACCUGAAUUAUACACUGAAACACAAUUAAUCUUACCUAAAAUUCAUGCCUAAACUACUUAAGUUUUUGAUGAAUCAUUACUUAGGGAUUUAUAAUCUAUGAAAAAUAGAGAAGAUGAAAUUACUAAAAGAUUAUAAGCUAAUGAAAUUACAUAAAUUAAAAAUCCUUCUGAUUAUUAAAGAAUGCUUGAAAAUUAAACCAUAUUACCUAUCUUAUAAAGUAUGAAGAAUGAAGGUUAAAGAUCAAUUGUUACUCCAAUGGAAAAUCAUUAAUAAAUAGAAUCAGCUUAGAAAAAAUUAAGAUCAGAAGGUGAUUCUGCCUAAAUUACAUUUAUUAAUGAAUAUGAACAAUAAAAUUAGGAAAUGUAAAACACAUAGUAAUAAUUUGAUCUUGAUUUUACUGGAGAACAUUAAAGAACUGAAGAACUCUUAUUAAAUGAAUCAGAAAUACCAAAAGCAUAAGAAUAAAUGUUUGAAUAUGAAGAAUAAUAAUCAUUUUAAGAACCUUAAGAUCCUAUUGAUGAAAAAAUUGAUGAAUUAUUAACAAACAUACAAUAAAUUGUUACUCAAUAAUAUUAACCUCAUUAAUCAUUAUAAAAAACUAAUAAUGCUUUAUAAAAUACUUGGAAAUUGACUAUUGAAAAAGAUUAAAUAGCAACUAAAUAAAGGCCUAAAGAUUUCAAACCAGUUAAUUUUCUUAAAAAACCUUUAGUCUAAUAAGAACCAAUACUUUAUAAACCUUUAGUACAAACUAAAAAACAAUAGGUUCAAGAACCAUUGCCAGAUGAUAAUUUUGAUAGAUUAGAUAAAUUAAUUUAACAUUUAGAAAUUUGA